GGACGACGGGAGGUAUGGUACGAGACCUCCAUGCUCAGCACCAAGCGCUGGAGAAGAAGCUUAAGAAAGAUGAGGUGCUGAUCAUGGAUCUCAGAAAGGAAAAUGAUCGCCUUCAGCAUCAACUUUCUGAGCAAUCAAGACUAGUCACAAACAGUGAUAGCAUCACACACUCAGUAGACGAGAGCGGGUAUGCCAGCAUCUCAGAGGGGCCCAAGGAUUUCUGGAUAAACAGGGUAGAAAGCCUAGAACGAGCCCUGCAGGCAACCCAGAUUUUGAAGGACCAGGCAUACAGCAAGGUGGCCGCUGCGGAGGAAGCCCUGCAGGGGGGGCUGCACGCCGCGAAGGAGCGCGAGCGGCGCGCGGAGGAGGCGGAGCGAGCGCGGCGGGAGAGCGACGAGCGUCAGCGCGAGACUGCCACUUGUCUCGACGAGUACCGCCGCAAGUACGACGACGUCGCGUCGCAGAUUGUCGACGUAGAGCGGUCCGUCGACACGCUGUGUGCUCAGGUCGCGACCUCAAACCAACAGCUUUCAGAAAAAGAUGACCUCAUAGGAAAACAUGAAUUCCAGCUAGAGAAUCUACAGAAACAGCUGGUUGAUAAGGAAACGCAACUACAUUGCUGCGAGACGUCCGUUAAGGAGUUACAGCUGCGGCUGGAAUCGGCAAAAUCAGAAGUGCAACUAGCUCAGGAUGGCUUACGACAUGCACAAGCUGUGAUAAGAAAACUGCAGGACGAUGUGAAAGUAAAGAAUAAAAAGGUCGCAGACCAAGAAGAAAGCAAACGUCAGCUCGAGCUUGAGUUUGCCUCCUACAGAGGGCAGCACCACCACUCAGACACUGAGCAUGCGGCGCGGGAGCAGAGGCUAGAGGAACUGCAGCUGGAGGUGAAGAGGGGCCAGUACCAGCUGCAGGAGAAGACCCGACACCUGCUGAAGCUGCAGGAGGUCGCGUCGCGAUUCAGCAUGGAGCUGAGCGAUGUGCGAAAACAGAAGAUGCUCGCUACGGAUAAGUGUAGCAACAUGGCCGCCAGCUUCGACGACCUUCACAGCACGCUGAGUGAGAGCAGCCAGCAGCAUCUGAACGAGGUGCUGAGACUGCAGGAGAAGAUACGCGAGCUCGACUCUAGUCUGCAGACAUCUAGCAGCCGCUCCACGGCACUGCAGGAGCAGCUGGACGAGAGCCGUCGCAGCGUCAGUCUACACCAGGUGGAUCGCAGGAAGUCGGAGUUGUCCGUAGGGGCCAAGCAACAAGAGGUUGAUGAUCUGCAAGCAACCUUGAAUGAACUGCAAGCAGAGGUGGCGACGUUGAAAACCAAGCACAGCGAUAAAUGCCUCGAGAACUCUGAUCUUAUGCAGCAGCUUGGUGAUAUGAGGUCAGAGAUGACAUCACUCAAAGACCAGAACACUGAAUCUGCCAAGAAGGUGGCGCAGCACGAGGAGAUGGUUGGAAUAAGUGAGAGCAUGACAGCUAAACUGCAGAAGGACCUGAAAGCACGCACGGCUGCACUCGUCGCCCUCGAAGCAGCCAAGAAAAACAUUCAGCUGGAGCUGAGCAUCUGUCAGAGCAAGCUGCAGAGCUACGAGGCAGACGCCGACCAGCUCAGGAGCAUGGUCGGUCAGCUGAAGGAAGACCUUGCGGCGGCGAGGGAGGAGAGGCUGGCGAGCAGGCAGGCCGCGCAGAGGAUGCGCAUAGACGCGGAGACGAGCCGCGUGCGAGAAGCCGUGCUCGUCGAACAGCUUCGCAGCGAGUCGGAGAAGGUGAUCUCACUGCAGACGGACGCGGUGGUGGCGCGGGAGAACGAGAGAGAGCGAGGAGGAGCGGCGAGAGAGUGGAGCGACGAACAACGGCAGAGGGCGGCGACGGAGGAGACGAAGAAGAUGCAACAAGAAGCUCAGGUGCUCAGAUCGAAGGUAGACAACUCCGAUGAGGUAAUAUACUGGCUGAAGAGUGACCUACAGCACGCUAAGAUGAAGAUUGCCGACCUACAGAAACAGGUGACAGAGAAGGACGUGACCUUGAAACAACUACAGGCAGCCGACCACAACCUCAACUACGCGACGACGGGCGACGCCGGCGACGGUGCUGCCGCCACGCGGCGAGCGCUCUCGCUGGCCGAGCAGCGCAACGACUUCCUCCAGAGGGAGCUGCGGCGCUACGAGCAGAAGCUGCAGACGCACGACGCGCGUGCGGUGCAGUAUCAGAGUGGCGCCAUCUACAGGAAGCAAAUCACAGACUUGGAGACUGAAUGCAGGCAGCUGAAAGAAAGAGUUCGAUUGGCUGAAGCAGCUGAGAAGCACAGCCGAGCAGAAAUGACGCAGUUGUUCAGUCAGACGCCCUACAUAAGAAAUCCGAGCAAACAAUUUGGCGAAGAUCUGAAGAGUACAAAUCUGUCAAUAAACCCAGCAGAAAAGUUUACCAAUGGUUUAGGAGAACAAAUUAUCACUGUCCAGGAUGACGUCUUUUUCAGAGAGCAGCUGGGGAGUGAAGACUUGAGUCCGCGCUCACCAAUGACACCGCGGUCCGAAAAUGAAAACCUACGAGAGAUUGUUGGUAGGAUUCAGAUGAACAACGAGCUGGUAACAGUAAGAAACAAUCGACUGGAAGAGAAGGUUUCCAAACUGCUCCAAGAGCUGGAAGAUGCAAAUGUUGGCCUCAAUCGUCUCAAGGCCGUACAGGAACAGUGUGUGGAUCAACAGCUACUCAUAGAAGGUCUCCAGGAACAGUUGAGUGAGAGCAGCGGCUACGAUUACGGCUCCCGGACCUUCCAGUCGGAGAACAAGCGACUCGGCCAUGAGCUCGUACAACAUUGUACGUUAUGUUAACGCCCAAACUUAUUCCCCCCCAAUGUAAUUAAAUGUCACUAGAUAUAUAGUUUCCA